CAACUGUCAUCCAAUUAAGAGUAUUGUCGCACCCUUGAUACAACUACCUCUGUUUGUUUCCUUCUUUAUUGGUUUACGGCGGAUGGCUAACUUACCUGUUGAGUCCCUACAGACUGGAGGAAUAUGGUGGUUUAUGGAUCUCACUACUUAUGACCCUUACUUUGUUCUUCCUAUUCUAUGUAGCUUUACCAUGCUGGCAUCAAUAGAGCUUGGUGGUGAAGCUGGAGUGAGUAAUCCACAGAUGCAGAGCAUGAAGGCAUUCUUCAGAGUCAUGUGUAUCAUUAUGAUACCACUAACAGCUCAGUUCCCUACUGCUAUCUUCACAUACUGGAUUACUUCCAAUAUCUUUUCUCUUGGACAAGUAUCUUUGUUGAGGAUUAAAGCUGUCAGGGAGUAUUUUGGUAUUCCUGACAUGAAACUACACACUGAACUUACGCCUCAGGGUGGAUUCUGGGAAAACAUGAAAGCAGGCUAUCAAAGUGCCCAGGAAAGUGCCUACGUCAAGCACCAUGAAAAAAUGAAAAGACAGAAAGCCAAAGCCGUUGGCACUGCACCUCUUGAGCCCACAUAUGAGAACAAUCCAAGAAUCAAACACAACCAGGAAAUCUUUUCUAUAGGCAAGAAGAAAAAAGGCACAGAUGCUUUCAAAAACAAGCCAGGAACUUCCAUGUGACUUGGAAUGCAAGGUGAAGUCUAAUAAACCUCAUUACCUUGGGCGUAAUGUUUUCCCAUUUCAGACCACGUGUCAUUCUCUAGCGUAUCAUUUCUUUGUUUAACUGGAAAAAGACACUUGAAUAUGGAUUCGACUCAAUCUAAAAAAUAUUAUUGUCGAGAAAUACGUGAUCUGAAAUGGCAAAACACUACGCCCAAGGUAAGGAGGUCUAUUCAACUGUGGAAACGUGGUAACUAUUGCUAUGGUGUGGUAUUUCUAUGGCAAAGUCCGAUUUAUUGUAAAUAAUUAAUGAGCCUCAUAAGAAAAACUCCUAUGAUGAACGGCUGAUAAUUUUUUUUAUGCGCAAGUUUUUUUUAAUGAAACGGCGGCAAGACUCUGCUUUCCAUCGUAUGACUUUAAUCUAAGGCUUUGCUUUCGAGCUGGGACAAUAAACGACGCUGCAAAGAUGAUUGACAUAAUACCGGCAACAGUACUGUCGGCAAAGAGUUCUAAAAAGACAUAGAUGUAUCGUAAUUCACACAGAAGAAAAGAAAAGAAGAAAAGUUGGCUGAUUUCUUUGUAAAUUGGCCGUAAUUAUGAAGGUGUGGUACCAAAGUAUGGGGAAAAGGUGAUAAAUUGAAGAAAAAAUAAACAGAAAUUUGAGGAAGGUUUGCUUUUGUUCAAAGAUGGAGCUCGACUUGACUGGAAAUGUUUUUGAAUCAAGCGAUGAAUAGAGCUAUAACAAGUACCAAUAGUGUUGUUCUUCAAAGAAUAUGGCUAUUAGACCUCUCGACUGGCUCUCAUGGUCUACGAAUCAAUAGGCCAUGAGGCUAUUUUUUAGUCUGGACUUACUAAGCAGUCUUAUCUCUGCCACUGAGCAGGGAUGUCUGGUUUGAUUGUAGGAUACAAACAUUUCUGGAGUUACGUUAGUUGAAGUAAAAAAAUCAUGUAAUAGGCACCUGUGUUUCAUAAUUAUUGUUCUUGAUGUACAAAAUAUACUUUUAAUUACGUUA